CCGAGCGCCGUCCGUUCGCCAGUCGUCACUGAUUGUACGCGCGGUGUCGACACGCGUGUGCUGUUCCGUCGCCGUCGUCGUCGUCGCCGUCGUGUGUUCGCGUAUGUGUCGCGCGCGUCUGCCGAUCACACACAUUGUCCGUCGCCGCCGCCGUUCGAACACGCACGCGGAACUGAUAUCGCCGUCUCGUAAUAAUAAUCGUCAUUAUUGUUGUUGUCGCGCCCGUACACGACGCGAUCCGUUUUACCGAUAAUCGUUUUUUACGCUCCUCUUCGACCGUUGUUUAUUUUAAUAUUAUUUUAAAUUUGUCCGCGUCCCGUCCCGAGUGCAACGAGAAGACGUGUCGGAAAUAAUUUCGUUUUAUCUUUCCGACCGAGAGAAAAAAAAAAUAAAUAAAUAAAAUUACGAGUGCGGCAAAGUUUUUCGUUUUUAUUAUUUUUUUUUUUUAUAAAACGACCGUUUUCGAUUGACAUUGUACCGUUUUCCUUGUCUCCGCCGUGCGCUGUAAUAUAUAAAUAUAUAAAUUGUUUUUCUUUUUAUAAACGAACUUGCUCUCCAGACAUUCCGAUUUAUUCGUACGCUAACCGUAUUACUUGAAAAUUUUCGCCGUCCGGCCACGAUCCAGACAUAUUGCUGCAGCGGUUUACGUGCGAGUUCGCAGAGAUGGCGUCCAAAUUGUUCACGUGUUAAGUGUGGAACUCGUAAAGAUCACUCAUACGAUAAUUAUUGUGUUCUUCACGGUAAUUAUGCGUAACACGUGAUAUGGAUGUCCAGGCUAUGCAGUCUAUGGAUUGGCUCUUUAAAAAAGAACGUAUCUAUCUACUGGCUCAAUUUUGGCAACAGAGAGCUACUUUGGCGGAGAAAGAAGUGACUGCCCUUAAAGAACAGUUGACCAACAACAAAUCACAAGACACGAACGUCAUGACCAUGGCCACGCCUUUGAGCAAUCACGUCGAAUCCACCGAGGACCAAAACAAAACACCCGCCGAACUUGAACUUUCGGCCAAGGAAAAAGAGAUUUCACAAUUGGUGGAGGAUGUACGCAGAUUGCAAUCGAGCAUGGGCAAACUGCAAGAACACACUGCCAAAGAGAUCGCCAGACUCGAAGAAGAGUUACACGACAAAAGACAACACAUUAUGAGACUCGAAGCCAGACUGGACGCCCAAAGGGACUACGAAGAAGUCAAAAGACAGCUAUGUGUACUGAAGGCCACCGAAUGUUCCGACGACCGUAAUAACAAGUCGCCGAACAACGAAAAAUCUGAAAACACACAAAGCACAACCUCACCUCCACAACAGAGGUCGUCUUGCAGUCCUGUGCCCGACAUUCAAAAUGAUUUUUCAGUUCCGGUGGCCCCACCCCCUCCCGGGCUCCAAAACGUCGAACAGUUCGGCCCGAUACUCGGUGAAGAGAUCGUGGCGAACUGGCGAAGAUCCCUCGAACGACUUAAUUCUGAACAAAAGAAAGUCUAUACUUCUCCAAACCGACAUGACACUACCGGCGAUGAAAAAUCUCCUGGCCUAGAAUCGGUCAAAACGCCACCUCCGAGCACUUCUCCGGUACCGAAUUCACCGACCAACAUGGCUCAACCACCACGAUCCACCAGUAGGUCCGGGACGCCAUGCAAAUCGCCCACGAGCGAAUCGAACAGUUCACCACGACUGAACAGCAGUUCUCCUCAUAACAAUAACAAUAAUCCGUCUCAGUUGAACAACAACAACAACAACAACAACAUCUCGGCGGGCCUCAUAAAUGGUCUCUAUGGUCUCAACGUUGGACUUAACAAUAACAUAUUAGGACCGGCUGGUGCUUUGGGAUUCGACUCAAUAAAGUCGCCGUUUGAUCACAGGUCUCCUUAUCGAUUUGGAGAUGGUGAUUGUACCAUGGUCGGACGAUUCGGUGAAUCACUCAUACCAAAAGGUGACCCAAUGGAGGCUAGACUCCAGGAAAUGCUAAGAUAUAAUAUGGACAAGUAUUCCACACAGAACUUGGAUACGUUACAUAUAGCUCGUCGUGUGCGUGAACUGUUAUCGAUUCAUAAUGUUGGCCAGAGGUUAUUUGCCAAGUAUAUUCUCGGACUCUCUCAGGGGACUGUCAGUGAAUUGUUGUCAAAACCGAAGCCGUGGGACAAGCUGACCGAAAAGGGACGUGAUAGUUACAGGAAAAUGCAUGCAUGGGCCUGUGACGAGAACGCGGUUAUGCUCCUCAAGUCGCUGAUACCGAAAAAAGGUAAAGACUCUGGCAUACCGGCGGUUAUGGGAAGAACUGAAAACGACGUCACCGAUGAAAGGAUUGUGCACAUAUUGAACGAAGCUAGUCAAAUGAUGAAACCAAAUCAACAAGACGAUACCCAGAGCAAUGACGACAGUACAUCGCCAAACCAACUAACUAGUACCUCACCGUCCAGACAAAGAUCCAAAGAAGACAUACCACAAGAACAAGUGGCCAGACUGUACCAAGAAGAGCUUUCAAAAAUUAUGGGAAAACGUUUGGAAGAUUCCAUGAGAAGUGGUGAACAACCAUUUGCAGGUAUUUUUAGAUGGCUUUUCCCGCAUUUUCUUGGAAACCAUACUGGCAGCCAUGAUGAUUACCGGACUGCAUUGGAUGCUUUUCACCGUGAACAAUCAAAAUUACAAAACUGUCCACAAAGCCAAUUAUCAGGAUUGUUAGCUCUCCAACAACAAGUUGCUGUUGCGGCCAUGUCGAAUAACAACAAUAAUAACAACACCAUACAAGGAAACGGUAUGGCUCAAGAUUUAUCAUUACCAAAAGACAGAAAGGAUAUGUAUUCGUUUGCUGCACAACGUAAAGAUUUCGGUGUUAAAGUUAAUGGAACUGAAGUGUCUGACAAGGAGUCUGAAACUGUAACAGAAGCGAUGAAACAAGCGGGAAGUGCUUUUUCACUAGUUCGUCCUAAAACUGAACAAAGUGGCACAUCAUCUGUGGGAAGUUCAGCUAGCUCUCCAUUAGGUAAUAACAUUCUACCUCCCGAAGAUUUCGGUCAAUCGGCUGCCGUCAGUCCACUGCAAAGAAUGGCUUCAAUUACAAAUGCAUUGAUAUCUCAACCAGCGACUCCACACCACCAUUCUCCUUCACAGAGACCUCUGAAAGCUGUAUUGCCACCAAUCACUCAACAGCAGUUUGACCAAUUUAACAAUUUGAAUACCGAAGAAAUUGUAAGGAAAGUCAAAGAGCAACUAAGUCAAUUCUCUAUCAGUCAGAGAUUGUUUGGCGAAUCCGUGUUAGGUCUUUCUCAAGGAAGUGUGUCCGAUCUCUUAGCUAGACCAAAACCAUGGCAUAUGUUGACACAGAAAGGAAGAGAACCAUUUAUAAGAAUGAAAAUGUUCUUAGAAGACGACAAAGCUGUGCAUAAAUUAGUUGCUUCUCAGUACAAGAUAGCACCAGAAAAGCUAAUGCGAACUGGAGGAUAUGGUGGAGCAAGUCCUAUGAACCAGAAUUUAGUAAAAUCAACACACACUUUUGGUGGUAAAAUGACACCUUCGCCACUCGAUCUCUUAAAAGUUAGUGCUGACGUGGACCGUCAAACACCGCAUCAUCAUAUACUUACCUCAAUGUGCAAUACAUCCACGACAAUGUCGGAAGACUCUGAUAUGGCGUCUUCAUUGCAAUCACCGAGCAACCAUCACAUCCAACUCCAGUCUCCAGGUGGUCAUCAUCACGCAAGUUCAUCUACUGCUUCUUCGUUGAUGUCAACAGGAAGUCAACUGGCAUCUAUGAUGGUCAGCGAAAAUAAACUUAAAGCAAGUCCGAUCCCAACUAAUGGAAUUCCGCAAAACUUGAUGUUACAACACGUAGCAGCAGCUUUCCAAAACUCUGGAACACGUCACCCACCUCCUGUCGUACCUUCAGUCUACGAAAUGGCUGCUCUGACACAGGAUCUUGACACGCAGACGAUCACUACCAAAAUCAAAGAGGCUCUGCUUGCAAACAAUAUUGGACAAAAAAUUUUCGGUGAAGCCGUUUUGGGACUUUCUCAAGGAUCAGUCAGCGAAUUACUAUCAAAACCAAAACCUUGGCAUAUGUUGAGUAUAAAGGGUCGUGAACCAUUCAUUCGAAUGCAACUUUGGCUUUCCGAUCAACACAACGUGGAAAGACUGCAAGCGAUCAAAAGUGAACGUAGAGAAAUGAAUAAAAGAAGAAGAGGAUCUGGUCAGCAAGACAAUGGAAGUGAUACAUCUUCAAAUGACACUUCUGACUUUUAUCACAGUGGCACAAGCAGUCCUCCAUCUGCUGCAAAAAAACAACGAGUUCUGUUUUCGGAUGAACAAAAAGAAGCAUUGAAACUAGCGUUUGCUCUAGAUCAAUACCCAAGUGUCGGUACUAUCGAGUUCCUUGCAUCCGAGUUGAACUUGGCAACUAGGACAAUAACCAAUUGGUUCCAUAAUCAUAGAAUGAGAAUCAAACAACAAUCACCUCAUUCUGAUUCGCAACAACAACCACAAAACGGUCCGGGAUUCGAUCCGAUUCAAUUCAGAAUUCUUUUGAGCCAUCGACUUGGCUUUGGCGGGCUACCGAUUCCGUUCAACGCAGGCAACCCUUACUUACAACACGGCGCUGAUCUCUCUUCCUUCAUACCAAUGUUGACAUCGUCAUCAUCGGCGACCGUGGACGAACAAAUGUCCGGGUUGGAUUUGAGUGUCAAACACGAAGUGGACACCGACUUUGACGACGAAGACAGCCGAUCGGAGGAGUCUGAGCCGCGCGAAGAAAUCCCGGCCGUACCUGUGGUUGGCAGCUCUCGCCGAAAACCAGCGGCUCCGCAAUGGGUCAAUCCCGAUUGGCUGCAGUCCGAGCAGAAACAACAACAACAACAGUCCGAAGUAAUCAUAAACGGGGUUUGUGUGAUGCAAGCGACUGACAGCUGUAACGAAAGAAGGCGAUCGGAGACCGUCCGGGUGGAACCGUCGGAUGUUAACGAUGAAGACAAAUCUGGCAGAUCUACACCUUCCGAAGCCAGUUCUUUGAAACCAGAAUCAGAUGGUGAACACGAACAAGAAGCAAUCAGUGUUAAGGAAGAGAAAUCGUGGAACAACGAAUUUUAGAGAUUAGGCCAACGAAAUGUUACCGCGACCUCCGUGAGUAACAAAUUAUAACUUAGUUAAUUUUUUAUAACAUUUUGUACACACCGUUUGUAAAUAGUUAUUAUACAUAUACAUAUAU